AUGGCUGCGUUGUUGAUAAAAGUGAUUGGAUUUAUAGUAGCACUGGAAAUAGCAAUAGUUAAGCAGAAUGUUGGAGCUAUUAUAGUACCAGUAGAACAAGGACUGUUGGAAGGAGAACAGAAAUGGACAAUUACCGGAGACACGCUCUACUACAGUUUUAAAGGUAUGCCAUAUGCAGCGCCACCAAUCGGAAACUUGAGAUUUAAGGCUCCUCUACCAGCACUGUCAUGGAAAGGUAUACGAAACGCUACUGAACAUGGAAACGUUUGUCCUCAAGUGGACAAAUUCUCAAAUAUAUAUACACCGGGUAGCGAAGAUUGUCUGUUUUUAAAUAUAUAUACCCCAAGUCUAAAUCCAGACUCUCCUUUGUCAGUCAUGUUUUUUAUUCACGGAGGUAGCUACGCAUAUGGAUCAGGCAAUGAUGAUAAUUAUGGUCCUGAUUUUCUUAUUAACUCAAACGUAGUUGUGGUGACAAUUAAUUAUAGAUUAGACGCUCUCGGUUUUCUAUGCUUGGAUACUGAGGAAGUGCCAGGAAAUGCAGGUAUGAAAGAUCAAGUAGCUGCAUUAAGAUGGGUACAAAGGAAUAUUAACAAUUUUGGUGGAGACCCAAACAGUGUAACCAUCAUUGGGCAAAGUGCUGGCGGUGCCUCUUGUACCUUGCACGCGAUGUCUCCGAUGUCUGAAGGGCUCUUUCAUAGAAUAAUACCUAUGAGUGGAGUAGCAAUAAGCCAAUUUUCUUUGGAAUUUGAACCAAAACGCAGAGCUUUCGUUUUAGGGAAAAUUUUAGGUUUCGAGACAACCAACACUACAGCACUCUUAGAAUAUCUACAAAAUGCGACUGUUGAUCAAUUGCUUAACACUAAUUCGUCUGUAUUAGCUAUUGAAGAUUAUAUCAGUGUACCAUUUAUGUCAUAUUUUGUACCCGUAGUAGAAAAAUAUUUUGGUCAAGAAAGAUUUUUAAUACAGUCACCUGACGAUUCAAUUAAAAAUGGAGAAAUACACGAUAUGGAUAUUUUGAUCGGACAUACAACUGCUGAAGCGGUGGUUGCUAUAUCUGAAUUUGAAUCAACUCCUACAAUUGAAAUUUGCGAUAGAUACAGAGAAGUUUUGGUGCCAAGAAAUAUUAUUUAUCAAAGUUCACCAAAGACGACACUAGAACUAGGGAAUUUGAUUAAAAAAUAUUACAAUGGAGCGCAGCCUUUGUCUAUUAAAACGAUGCCACAAUUUGUCAGAUAUGGUACGGAUGUGCUGAAUUUUGAUGUAAUUCGAUAUGCAAAGCAUCAAUCUAACUUUGCUGAUAAGAAUAGCAUAUAUUUGUAUCAAUUUUCAUGUAUGUCAGAAAGAAAUGUUUAUAGCCAACAAGGUUUCAAAUAUGGAAUAUAUGGAGUUGCCCAUUUCGAUGAUCUCAUGUAUGUGUUUAACGCAAAUAAAUAUAAUUUGCCUGUAAAUAAGAAUGAAACGUCCUAUAAAAUGAUACAAAACACUUGCACGUUGCUGACUAACUUCGCAAAAUAUGGGAAUCCCACACCUGAUUCAAAACUCGGCGUAGAGUGGCCCAAAUACAACACAGAAACGGAAAUGUAUCUUGACAUUGGAGAGGAGUUAGUAGUCGGUACAAAACAAUUGUCUUCUAUGGUGGACUUUUGGGAAAGCAUUUAUGAACGAGCUGAUUUACCUUUUUGA